AUGAGUGACAAUAUUAAGGACUAUAUUUAUAUUCCAUCUAUCUUAAAUCCCAGGUGUGUUAAAAAAGAAAGCGGGAAUUUGAAUCUUACUCAGCAGUCUGUUGCCACCCGUUUUUCAUUAUCAUUAAAGAAAAACAGUGUUAUAUCAAAAUGGAAAACAAAUUUAAACAAGCAUUUACCAUUUCAAGAAAAAAAUAAUUCAGAAAACAAAUAUAACACUAAUAAAAAUGACCAGUGUUUAUUACAAUCUAUGGAAUCAGAUAGUGUGGAAUCUUUAGAUUUUUCAGCUAUUAAUGAUUUGAAUAGUAUUAAAAAUGACAGUAAGUCGCAUAAACAAGAAGUGCUAUUUAGAAAUGUAGAUAAUAUAGAAUGUUAUACAAUAGAUACAAAAAGUAAUGAUACAAUUCUUUAUGAUGUUAUUGAAAAACCUGUAUUCUCGUUGUCUUUUUGCAUUUCUGAUUGUAAAAAUAUUGAUGUCAGAGCCAAAAAUACAAAUAUAAUGGACUUCUCAGUAUCACAUGACAAUAAUAACACAAACAUUGAAUGCAAAGUUAUUGAAGGCUCUUAUUUAUCUUCUGAAAGUGAAAUAGAGAGUAUAAAUUAUAAUACUAUACCCAGUCCACCCAAAAAACAAGCUGCUGUCACUGUAGAAAUAAAAAAAGAAAAGUCAAAAGAUAACAACAUAGAAGAAACAAAUGUUCUCAUUUUGAAAACAAAUGCCAUUGAAAAACUCUCACAUGUCAUUGUCCAACCACCAAAUUAUAAAUUAGUGAAAAGAAAAAUUCCAUUUAGAGAUAAAUUAAAAUUUGGUGCAGGCAGUAAUGUACAAGUGUGUGACAAUAAAUUAAAACAAAAAUUUAUUGAUGAUUAUUUUUGUAAAGAUCCUACAUUAAAUGCAGAUACAACUGAAAAGAAUUACUAUGGUGAAACAGUAAUUAAGGAUAAUUUGCAAGAUGCCGAGACACUGAUGCUUGAUAAUGUGGAGGCUAUGAAUAAAAAUUCAAGUGUCACUGAUACUGUGAAUUGUGAUAAAAGUAUAGGAACUACAUACAAAACUUUGAGAGACACUGAUACACAAUCAAAAAAAUCUAAAUUAUUUUCACCUAAAACAGAUAUUACUUCAGUCAGAAAACAAAAUAUCAAAGCUUCAUGUUCUGAGGUACCUCGCAAUUGUUCACCAACAAUUAGAAAUAGCAGUUUGAGUUCAUACUUGGCUGGAGGAAAUGUGGAUUCUGUACAUUUUAGUUUGCCAUCAAAAUCAAAAUUCAAUAAAGCACAAGUGACACCAAAAAACAUCCCAUUUUAUAAAAUUAUCGCAGGAACAUAUAUUGCUGUGGAUGCAUUCUCCUAUGGGGAUAUACCUAAUGUAAAUAAUUAUUUUCUCACUCAUUUUCACUCUGACCAUUAUUCUGGACUUAAGAAGAGUUUUAACAAGUUGCUGUUCUGUACAAAAAUCACUGCUGAUCUAUGUACAUCUCGUUUGGGUGUAAAUUCAAAAUAUAUAAACAUAAUAAAUGUUGAUGAAACAAUCAGAGUUGAUGGAGUUGAGGUGACUGCUAUUGAUGCUAAUCACUGCCCUGGUGCUGUAAUGCUGGUUUUCACAUUACCAAACGGGAAAACAUUGUUACACACGGGUGAUUUUCGAGCGUCGCCUAUCAUGGAAUCCUAUCCUAUUUUCUGGAAUAAAGACAUUCAUACCAUUUAUCUUGAUACUACGUACUGCAAUCCACGUUACGAUUUUCCGACGCAAGAUCAAAGCUUUGAGAUGGCGCUGCAUUUGCUGAGACAAAAGAAAACCAGUCUUGAGGAGGCUGGCAAGAAGUUCUCAUCGGUCCUCAUCGUGUGUGGCACAUACACUAUAGGGAAAGAGAAGUUCUUCCUGGGCAUUGCCAGACGUGUGGGUUGCGCCGUGUGGGCUGGCCCUGAAAAGGACCGUGUGUUGCAAAUUGUAGAGGGGCGGAGUUUCAACCAAGCGUCGCCACAGUCGUGUCAGUUGCACGUUGUACCCAUGAGGGAUCUUACACAUGAGAAACUACAAGCAUAUUUGAAUGGCCUUAAAGGAGCGUUCAGUGAAGUCGUAGCUUUUAAACCGAGCGGCUGGGAGAAUGGGAAGAAUUCCACUGUACAGAAAGACUUAGUUACUAUACACGGUAUUCCAUACAGCGAACAUUCCAGUUUCUCCGAGAUGAUUCGUUUCGUAAAAUUUCUGAAGCCAAAGCAGGUGGUUCCCACCGUUGAUAUAUCUGGCGGGGCUAAAGCUGUUCAGCAAUAUUUCCCCUGUCCACUGGUGUAUAAGGAAGAUUUCAAAUGUCAAAGCAGAUUAACAGACUACUUUAAUGUAAAAAGUCGACAACAAGUGCCCGGUGUCACAUGA